AUUUUUUUUUUUUUUUGUGUGUAACCACGCCUACACAGUGGCUGCCAAGGCUUACCCAUGAGUUAAGCCUUCUUUAGUUGGUAAUGAGGAAGGCGUGGGCUCUAGCAGUGGACACCCGAAGGCAGCAGUGGGUGAAAACAAGCAAAAUAAAGAAAAGUUUGGCUGUGAGAAGGUGCUAGACAGCCAGCCGUAGUGACGAGGAGGCAGGAAGGUACCACCACCAUCACCACCAUAGGGAAGUGACGGCGGUGGCUGUGGUGGUGGUGGUGGUGGUGGUGGUGGCAGUGGUGGUGUGUGAUGCCACAUGGGGUCUGCAGUCGCCGCGCCAACCACCCACGAGCCUCACGCACCACACGGACCCUUGAGAGGCGGACCGCUGCAGUGUGUGAUGUGACUCUGGACCACUUUGCCAACCGUGCAGGGAAGAUUGGUAGUGGUGGUGGUGGUGGUGGUGGCGGCAGCAGUGGUGGUGGUGGUGGUGGUGCUCGGAUGAAGAAGGAAAGCCUGACUACAGCAAUGAAGAAGUUGUCAGUAGUGAAGGACAGUGACGAGAGGCCUUGGGACGAGCAGGAUGAUGACGACGAAGACACCAUCAUCUGUAACGGUGAAGCUGAUGGUGAUGAUGGUGAAGAGAGAGAGAAGGGAGUCCUGGACAACUAAGAGAGGUGAGAGUGAGUGGUGUGUUGAUGAUGAGAGAGUGAGUGGU